AGAUUGUGCGCUAUGACUUAACCUCGCGUACAACAUUGAACGAAUGCUGUAAAAAUUGUGCUGAAAAGUAUCAGUUCUGGAAUAAUAAAAUAUUUCUGUUGUCGAACACUGUUGUGAGACAUUCGUUGAGGAAACGGGCCCACCAUUUGUAUUUCUAUUCUUGGAACACUCAGAAGCUACUGAGUUGAAACAUUGUUUCCAGUAGACCAAGUCACGCUCCUGAUUAUUGGGUAGAGCUCUGCUUGUUCAGUGUGUGUGGGGAGCAGUGAGGAUGACGGAGUACAAGUUGGUGGUGGUGGGGGCUGGAGGUGUGGGGAAGAGUGCACUCACCAUCCAGCUCAUCCAGAACCACUUUGUGGAUGAAUACGACCCCACCAUAGAGGACUCAUACAGGAAGCAGGUGGUGAUUGAUGGGGAGACGUGUCUGCUGGACAUCCUGGACACUGCAGGUCAGGAGGAGUACAGCGCUAUGAGGGACCAAUACAUGAGGACAGGGGAGGGCUUCCUCUGUGUUUUCGCCAUCAACAACACCAAGUCCUUCGAGGACAUCCACCAGUACAGGGAACAGAUCAAACGUGUGAAAGACUCUGACGACGUGCCCAUGGUCCUGGUGGGUAAUAAAUGUGACCUCCCAUCGCGUACUGUGGACACGCGGCAAGCACAGGAAUUGGCCCGCAGCUACGGAAUUCCCUACAUCGAGACCUCUGCCAAGACACGACAGGGGGUAGAGGACGCCUUCUACACGCUAGUGAGAGAGAUCAGGCAGCACAAGCUGAGGAAGCUCAACCCUCCGGAUGAGAGUGGACAGGACUGCAUGAGCUGCCGCUGUGUGGUGUCGUGAUGGAGGUUACCAGUUCGGGGUGAGGAGUGGACCUAGUGGCAGAAUGGACUUAAAGAAUGAUGGUGGAGGAUGAAACAACAACAAACUUUGAAACUGAAGAGUACAGUCUAAGAAAAGCAGAUGCACCACCAGGCUGACUGUACCAUAGACAUUGGGGAGAGGGGGAUCUUGCCCCUGCCAGGCCAUGACAUGCUAGACUAGGCUGUCUGUCCCCUCUUUGAGUCCAUGUCUGCCAGAGCAACACCACUAAUGACUGUUUCUCACCAGUGUGAUCAUGCUGGGCAGCUCCAAUGAGUUCCUGCUAAGUUAUUGUUUUACAGUCUCAACACUGGUCUUAAAGGGAGGUGUCACCAAUCCAAUCCCUGGUGAGUCCCCUUCACCAACACCUCAAAACCCUGAUUUUACAUUUGACCCCCUGAAAAGACUGGACAGUAGUAGCCUAAAUCCCCAUCCCUAAUUUAACCUCCCCCCAGCCUCCUUGUUCCUCUCUAGAGGGGCUCUGCAGUAACCUCAUUAUUACGGAUACAAAUAUGGGGACGGUGCAUGACAAGACACGCCAGAUAGGAUUUUUUUAUUUUAUUUUUACGGUUAGUCUAGCGGUCAAACCCAAUUAUUAUUUUUAUUAUUAUUUUAUUUUUUUACACCUUUUUUUAAAGUGACUUUUUUUGUGAGCGACGGUUUUGAAGGUGAUCAUACUCGGCACUGUAAAGUAAGCCAGGAUGUUUAUUUCGUGUGAUGGGCUGUUGCUAUUUUAAGACCUGUCACCGUGAGGAAGUCCUUAUUCGGGCCCUUACGUGGGCAUGGCUGUGGAUCAGACCGAUGGAUUGACUCAUUUUCCCAGAGUGCCAUUUCCUUCCCCCACAGACGUGUGUGCGCGCACAUGUCAGUGUGCUAAAGAGUUCUCUUUGUGGAGUAAUAUAGUAAUCGAUAUUGUAGGUUCUGGUGCAAUAGGAAUGUUUACUGUCUGACUAGGUUUAAGAAUUGGGAAUAAACCAUCUCUCAUCCCUAUUUAUUAUUUGCUUGUAUUUCUUGGGUGGAGAAGGGAGGGGUACAUGAGGGAUAUUUUACUUGCUGUUGCCUUCAAGGUUUGGCGGAAUGAUAGUUGGAAGGAUGGGAGACUAAUGUCAUUCCUUGGUCCAUGCAGUGCCAUUAUUUACCAUGGGAUGGUUAUGUAGUGAAAGAUUCUUCUUGCACAGCCUUUCAGGGAAGUGGAACAAAAUACCCUUUGAGAUUGUGGUAUUUUAAGACACUGGUGGCAUUAAUUUCUUUCCUAUUCCUUUGCUUAGACAACUGUAUGUUGUUUAGUAUAGUUUGACAUUUCUAGAUUGUAAGUAUCGGUCCUCACUGUGUUUUCAAGGCUCAGGAAACGGGAAUGUCUAGAAAUGUCUCGCCUUUGUAUCUUAUGUUCCAGGAUGAAAUGUGUGAAAUUGAAAUUCUAAUGCACAAGACCUGCCUUAAAUUACUGGUAAUAUGUGGGAUAAAACUGUUUUGGCCUCAUAAAAUAACCUUCUCUCCCAUUCUACUCGCUACUGCCUCAGUUGGAUCUUUGGUUCCCUAAGAAGAUAAUUUGAUUCAAGCUAGUCAUGUACGAGCCAACUUCCUUUGCAAGAAAAGUUAGCGGAAAACGUUCUUCAUUUUAGGGGUUCUCUUGUGAUAUUUCUCAAUAUUACAUUUUAGUCAUUUAGCAGACGCUCUUAUCCAGAUAUGUGUAGGUAGACCUACUAGCGUUUGCGCUCUCUACAACACUAACCGCAGCAUAGGGCUGCCAAUACAAAUGAACACUGCUUGGUCCUGUUUAACUUGCCUUAUUAUUUGUUAGCUAGUACUUCAUGCCUUAGAGUAGUGAACACCUGAAGCAGGUGUUUCUGUGGUGGUCUGUGUCUGCUUUCCUCUGUGGAUAACUGUUGUGAAUCACUGGUGGCGAUUGGAGAUUUGCUCCUUCUGGGAUUUGUUUAUCUUUCCCUUGACUAACAGACAUGAGGAAAAACGAACUCUGAAACAGUCCAACCAGAUAAGAUUCUGUACAGCAUGCCCUGUCUCAUUAGCUAAUGGUUUUUGUGUGUGUUAGUCCAAACUAAGUUUCUUUAAUUAUGGCAAUCUUAAUUCAAUAAGUGUUCUUUUUACCGUAUAAGAGCCACUGGCUUUUUAUUUCCCCCUCCCUGUUUUUGAAGGUACUUACCCCCACAGUUCAGCCACAGUGACCCAUAUACUGUACAUUGAUGCCUCAUUAGACUUCAGUCAAAGCCAACACCUUGACCUCUUGUCUAGAAGAUAGACCUUAACAUUGGAAAAUAAUCACUUUAUUCUGUCGCUAGAAAUGCUUAAUUUCACUGACUUUUUGCUGCUAUCAUACAUGUGAGUGGUGUUCCUUAGUAUACGUACAGUACGUGCUCUUGUAUGUGGUUUUCCAGGAGCUGCCCCCCUCCAACAAACACUCUCUUCUGAAUUACCCCCAUCUUACCUGAACACAAUUACACCAGUUGGAAUGUAAGAGUUUUUUGACCUGCUCCCUUCACCAUGAGGGCCCUGCAGUCAGACAAUACUCUGGCUCUGUCUGGGUGGAACACCUCUACUGUGUUGUGUGGACCACAGAUUAUAUUCUGGAGCUCUGAGGGAUUCAGGGAUGAUGUUGGUCUUCUGUGUGUUUUAUUCUCAAUUUAUUGUUGAUGAUUUUGGGGUCUGAAAAAAAGUGUUUUUAACAGAAAAUAUUAUUUGUGUUGUAUUAGUAUAGGGCACUCCAUAACUGUAAAGAUACUCUGUACCUUGAAAAAUAAAUAGCCAAUCUUAAACAAAUGUAGAUCUUUGUCCCCAUAGUGAUCUACUGUGUAAUGUUAAACAAAUCAGACCUGCUAUGUAACUUGUUUAUCAAGUAGACCUCUGGUGUUAGAUGUGAACUGUACAGUUGUCUGAACUAUAGUUGGCUGUUAUAUUCUACAUCUCACACAAUGUCCCUUGUCUGUCUAUACUCUGUGCUUUGACUGACUGGCAGCUUUGGGCACACAUCGAAAUGCUUAGAAACUGGACAUCAAUUGUCAUUGAGGAAUACAAGACCAGCAGGCCAUCGGUAAUCAUGUCUGAAGGGAGACUUUUGGGGACAAAAACAUGGACAUUGGGGGGUUUUGCCCAAGGACUGAAACCAAAAAGGGCUUGCUUGUAGUGUGAACAUGUGAGAGAGGAUGUGGGUUUGGAAGUUUGAUUGUGAAAAUAUCAACUGUUUUAACUAUUUAAGAUGUAUUUACUCUUUAACAAAAUGGCAACUGUGCAGCAGGACAGGAAUAAAGGUGUCAAGAUGAACUUA